AUGCAUCGCAACCUUUUUCUUCUAUCGGUCUUCCUGCUGGCCAAUCCGGUGUCGGCAGUGACAUGGUACUUCCUCCGGUACUACCCCGCCUCCGGGCAGAAGUUCACCUCCUUCUCGGGGGACAUGGUGAUCCCGACCCUGCAGCAGGCCGGGGUGUACUACCUCUGGCCGGGGCUGCAGCCCACCGACAACUCGGGCGUCUACCAGAACGUGCUCGACGGCCGCUCCGGCACGUGGUGGUUCGGGUCCGGGUGGUGCUGCUCGAACCCCAGCUUGCCUUGGGGCGGCGGGUUCAACACGUACGGCGGGGAGACGGUUUCUUUCGCGAAUACGCUUAAGGCGGAUGGUUCUGCGUGGACGACGACUGUUGUGAGGCAGAGCAAUGGUCAGAGUGUGAAUAACGAUUUUGCGUUGGCCGACAAGUCGUUUAAUCAAGUUCUCUUCGCUAUUGAAUUGCAAGUAGGACUGAGAUCGCCAGCUGGCAUUUCUCUGAUGGUGAUUUAG